AUGUCAAACGCCGGCAUUUUCCCCGACGGCUUCAUCCAACAUGGCGGCCGUGGUGGGCCUCCACCACCACCAAACGGCAUGAGACCACCGCCUCCACCAGGUAUGGGGGGACGUCCUCGCCCAGGACCAAACAUGAUGGCCCCGCGCCCGCAGCCACACCCAGAAAUGGCCCAGCCCAACAUGGGGCAGCCUAUCGCCAGACCACCCAUGAUGCCACCCAUGACGCCACGCAUUAUGAAGAAACGUAGCAUGCACGAGAUCUCAGAUUUGCGCGACGAGUUUCGCUCGCCCGAAGACUGCCGCGAUCGGUUGACGACCUACUAUGUCUUCCGCAUCGAGCCGGUCGAGGGUGAUGAGGGCCACACGGCCGAGGGAGAAAAGAUCCAAUCGACGUGGAUGAAUGCUCAUGUCACCGAGAUCGAGGAUCUGCCACGCAAGGAGAUCAUUCGGCAAAUCCGCCAGCUGAACAAGGCAAGCGACAGUGGCGUCGCCGAGAAGAAGAAGGGUAUGGGCGCCGGCCAGCAGCGACAGAUCGAAAAGGCGCGCAGGAAGCUCGAGAUGCAUGAGCUAACUGACCCGGAACGAUUCGAGAUCACUCUUGUUCAGCUGGACGACAAACGUCGAGAGUUGACAGACAAGGAGUAUAAGAAAUACGAGAAGAAGCUGCAUGGUGGCACUAAGCCUGGGACAACGUCCGUGACCACGGUGCUCAUAUCCAAGCCCAACGGCCAGGUCAAAAAGAAGAAAAAGAAGAUGGAGAAGCGCGUCUCCAUCACCGCCUAUUUCAAGAAUGCGCCCAAGCCUGGUGUAGAUGUUGAGGCCUUGCUCAAGGAGAGGGAGAUAGAGGAAGACAUCAAGGCGCAGAGGAUGCAUCAUGGUAUUGAUGGCCUAUCGGGACCGCAUGAUUUCCCUCCAGAUUUCAUGAUGGAUCAAAUGACCGGUUUCCCGCAAGGUCCCCCUCAAGGGCAGUUCCCUCCUCCAGGCCAAUUCAAUGCCAAUCUUGGACCGCCGCGCCAAGUGCCUCCUCCUCCUCGGUUGCCCGGAGGUCCGCCACUGCAUCCGAUGCAAAAUGGACAUCCUCAAGCACCUCGACCACCAGUUGGUCGACCUGGCCCUGCUGCUGCUGGCAGACCUGGCCCUGUUGGUAGACCGGGUCCGGUUAGUCGACCUCCGGCUGGUCGGGCCCCAGUUGGUCGACUCAGACCCGUCAACCAGGGGCGAGACGGCCGUCGGCGCGACCAGAGCGACUCCUCCAGCUCAGACUCGGAUUCGGGCUCCGAAUCAGACAGCAGUGGAUCAUCCAGCAGCGGCUCAUGGUCGGGCAGCGAAGACGAAAUCAGCAUGCCAACCUCGCAUGGCUCCGUCUCUGACGGCCGGCGCAGGAAGCGUCAGAAAGGGCCCAAGAAAUACGUUCAAGGCUCCGAGUACCAUUCACGAUCCAGCAGCCGCAGACGCAGCCAAAACGAGGGCGAAUAUACGUAUAAAGUGCAUGGCGGCAGGCGUCAGCAUAGUCAAACCUCUCGAAGACAGCCGCAAAGAAUCAUGCCUCACGUCCCCAACGCGCCAGCAUCUGCUCCCGUCGUCGUCCAGCAGCAGCAGCCAGUGAUGCAGCAACGGCAGCAUCAACAAUACCAGCAGCAGUCGGUGCUUCAGCAGCAGCCCAUGGUUCCUGUCGUCGACAUCCAAGAGGCCUACAACCGGGGCCGGAUACAUGGAAAGGCCGAGGAGCGAGAGGAGACGCGUCUAAUAGACGAGGCCACCAUGGCAGCCAACCGCCGGCUACCGGAAGGGUUGGCUGCUCAGCCCCGUUACUUCCCAGGGCAGAUACCGGGGGUGAGGUUGGUCGAGCCGGCGCGGACGCAGAGAGAGAUUGCGGUCGGAAUCGAGCUUGAAGAGCGCGAACGCAUCGCCGCGGCUGCAGUCGCGGGCGAGAGGAUCAGGGUGGAAAAGGAGAGACACGCCGCAGACGCGCAAGCUCGCGCGGCGUACUACCGGCAGCGGGAGGCGGAGCGUCAUGAAGAAGAAUACUGGCGCAAGGUCGAAGAACAGGAGCAGCGAGAGCGGACGGCAAGAUUGGCAAUGGAGCGACAGAGGCGCGCUUACACCACCUACGCGCGCGACUCCUCUCCGGAUAUCAAUCCUUUCCCGAGACCGUCGGCGAGGAGGCCGACAGUAUCAUAUCUGGAUCGGGACACGUACCAUUAUUAUGAGAGUUGA